CGCCGUGCCGCCGUGCCGCCGUGCCGCCCGUCCGAGCGGGCUUGGCGUGCCUCGCGCUGCUUUCCAGUAACUCGCCCUCCAGCCCUUGCGGCCCUCACCGUGCUCCGAGCCGUGGUCCGAGCCGUGCUCGCCGUCCCCGAGUCCCGGCACAGCCCCAGGAGGACGCCGUCGUCGCCGCCCUUACAAUGUGUUUUAACCCGGUGGACCUUGGCGCCGCGGCGCAGUGAUACAAAGUGCGUGUGAUUGUCAGGGGCAGGGGGAGGGGUGAGGGAGUGCGCUAUGGCACUCACACGAGCGUGCAUGUGUGGCCACACGGCUCGCCACACGGCAGUGUCCAAGGCCGUGCCGAGGGCCGUGCUGGGGGCCGUGCUCUCGGAGUCUCCCUCGGCGAGCCCGACCCCGGCCCCACACGCGCACCGCGACGCGGACCCGGCCUUCCGUGAGGACACCCGCACCGCCCGCUCCGCCCGCACCACCGUGCGUGCUGUUGGAGCAGUUCCACCCCCGUCGCGGGCGUCGCGGACCUGGCGGAGGCCGUCGUCUUGGAUGGCGGCCCUGCUCGUCGUGGCGCUGGUGUGCACGCUGCCCGCCUGCUCGCUGGCGGAGCGCGCCCCCACCAGCAGGUCCGCGACGUCCACCCCGAGCGCCGUCGGCAAGUACCCGCUGGAUGAGGACAGCACCGCCAGCACCGCCAGCGCCCUCCGCGCGCAGGGAGCGCGGCGCGCGCAGACGCGGGAGCUGGACGAAUCUCUCGAGCAGGACGCCGAGCCCUCGCGAGGCCGGCGACCGUCCUCCGAUCUGGACGACGACGCCGCCAAGCUGCUACCGGACCGACGCAGUCACAAGGGCGGCCGCGGCGCCCGCAAGCAGCAGCGCAAGCGUCCCAGGGACGACGACAUGCCCCCGCUGGGCCAGAGCAGCGUCCUGGGCGGCUGCAACAUGUGCCAGGAGCGCGAAGCCAUCCGCAACUGGUCGCUGGCCGCCAUCAAGGAGCAGAUCCUCCACAAGCUGAACCUGCAGCAACCGCCCAACAUCACGGGCCGGCGUCUGCCGCCCUACGACCAAGUGGCGUACGACUUGCUGCACCAGCCGCCGAACCUCGGCGGUAACGGCAUGCUCGGGGACGACCCGGACGCCUACCGCACGGAGCAGUUCUACGAGGAGGACGACGACUACCACGCCAAGACGGAGAGGAUCAUCGCCUUCCCCCAGACCCACAUGAACAAGGUGCGUCACCGCGCCCAGGACGCCGACGUGCUGCACUUCCGCUUCUCCCCGAAGGUGAUGCAAAGCCAGGUGGCCAAGGCCACGCUCUGGCUGUUCGUCCGCGGCACGGGCGUCCACCGGCACUACCACAACCGCCACCACCGCCACCCGCACCGCGACCCGCACCGCGACGACGCCGAGGAGGACGAGGACAGCGUCGAGGAGGAGGAGGAAGAGGUGGAGGAGGAGGUGCCGCCGCAGGUGGUCGUCAACGUGCUGCGCAUGCGCAACCGGGAGCACGUGCAGUUCGACGUGGAGGCCACCGUCAAGGUGGCGCGGCCCGAGGGCGAGGGCGUGUGGGUCAUGGUGGACAUCAACAAGAUGGUGGAGGACUGGUUCCGGCGGCCGAGCCACAACCUGGGGCUCUCGGUGCACGCGCACCUCCACGGCGGCCUUGGCAGCGCUGACGGAAGGCCGCUCAUCGACACCGACGCCGACGGCGACAACUUAAAGAUGCCGUUCAUCGAGGUGUACUUGAAGGAGAGCCCGAAGCGACGUUCGCGACGCGCCGUGGGUCUGGACUGCGACGAGAACUCCGAGGAGUCCCGCUGCUGCCGCUACCCGCUCGUCGUGGACUUCGAGCUCUUCGGCUGGGACUUCAUCAUCUUCCCAAAGAAGUACGAGGCCAACUACUGCUCGGGAGAGUGCCCGUUCGUGUACAUGCAGAAGUACCCGCACACCGCCCUCAUGCACCUAGCCAACAACAAGACGGGCCCGUGCUGUGCCCCCCGGAAGAUGUCCCCCAUCAACAUGCUGUACUUCGACAACGACCUCAACGUCGUGUUCGGCGUGCUGCCGGGGAUGGUGGUGGAGCGCUGCGGCUGCUUCUGAGUCGCCGUCGAACCAAUUUCGAGUCCCUAACCUGGAACGAGUCGACAUGGAAAUGUCCCCGUAGUGUGUUGACCGAGCAGUUAUUAAUACGCUAGCUAAUUAACAGACUAACUUAGAUUGAUUUCUCUCGACGCGUUUCAAAGAGUAUCGUCCAAAUAUUGUUUGUCAAUCUGUGUAGUUAAUUUACAUCGGCAACGCUCACCUAACGCUGUUCUACUAUUAUGCAUAUGUCAAAAAAUAUAUUUUUUCACUGGUAACUUUUUAUGCGGCGGAAACGGUUGAAAAUCUGCAGGAACGGAGAAGAAAAAUGUUUCGGUGUAUAUGUUUUGUACAGUAGUAGCUUUUACAGUCAGCGUGGUGAUAUUAUAGUGGAGACGGUGAUGUUGGAAACAACGUCACUAGGAUGGACGAAAAUGGUUCUAUAUAAGAUAACAUAAAUGGUUACCAAAUUACAUGAAUGGUAAGAUCUCAAUUACGAUGCGUAAAGAGUUUUGUACAUACAUUAGUUCUGUAAAAUGGACGCGUCGGGUGUUUACAAACACGUGUGUUUCCGACUAAGUGAGUGAGUGGGAGAGUGAGUGUGUGAGAGUGAGAAAGUUAGUGAGUAAGCAUGUGUAUGUGUGCUGAGAGACGUGGGGGAGGGGUAACAGUACGAAAAGUGUGCGUUUGACACGCAAACGAAAAAAGGACGAAGAAGGAGCAAUUUUUCACUGGUGCAUGUCGAUGGGCGUGUGUGUGAGUGCGUGUGUGUGUGUGUGAGUGCGUGUGUGUGAGUGCGUGUGUGUGUGUGUGUGUGUGUGCGCGCGCGCGAGAGAGAGAGAGAAAGAGCAUGAGAGUGUCGCAUCGAAGCCUGAGAGCGAACACGUCACAAACAUGUAUUUCGUCUGUUCUUUGUUGAAUGUCUGAGGUGUAGGACAGUGAGAAACGACGAUAAUCUCUGAUAGGGGUGUACGAAUCGACUCGCGAUACAAAGUUCAUAAACAUCCAAUAAAUUAUUUCUAUUAUUUUUUAAAGUGCUACUUGUAAUGCAUGAAAAGGCGAUUCGUGCACCUCAAGUCUUUGAGUACAAAGUGUGCAUGGUGUGUGUGGUGCAGUGCUUUGUGGCUCGUGCGUCCAAUGAAACAAGUCGAAUCCGUCCAUUACGUAUUGGCUGAGUGAGAGGCACCGGAGAGUCCUCCCAUGGCAAGUGGAGGUCCGGUGAUAUAAAUGUGAAGAACAAAACAUAAUUACUUUAGUCCAAGGAGCUACUUAUGCGUUUCCUUGUACUUCUGUUUUCGCUUCACAGUCUAGCUGAGGAGUCAUAUUAUAUUUAGAAAACUUUAAGUCAUACUUAAUUUUUGCUGAAUCGCAAAGUAUUACGUCUAUAAAUUAUUGUUAGUUGCGUUUGUUACGACUCAGGGACAGUGCGAUGACGGCGACUCCUCGGCGUGCCAGUUCCUUCCGAGUAGCAAAAUGUUAUCGUAGGUAACAAUUUCAUUGUGAUAUUGUCGACUUUUAUUCUAAUUAUAAGCAACUUGAAUAAUUUA